GACAGCUUAGCCUUCAGGGGUCCUCGCAAUUGUAGGCGCAGUUUCAAGCGAGCCAGCAAAACACCGAGCGAUUGUUUAUUUUGUUUUGUUUACAUUCUCCAAAUAAAUAAAUGGCCUCUACAUUAAUAUCGCCCGUGGUGGACUAUUACAACGACGAGGAAGAGCUCGACAGCGUGGAUGACGACGAUGAUCGGAGCUUCAGGGGCAGAGACUCGGAGGAAGACACAGAAGAUGCCAGUGAGACGGAUCUGGCCAAGCAUGAUGAAGAUGACUAUGUGGAAAUCAAAGAGCAAAUGUACCAAGAUAAGCUGGCAUCCCUGAAGAGACAACUGCAACAGUUACAAGAAGGCACGCUGCAGGAGUACCAGAAGAGAAUGAAGAAGCUGGAUCAGCAGUACAAAGAGAGGCUCCGGAACGCAGAUUUGUUUCUUCAACUUGAGUCAGAACAAGUGGAGAGGAACUACAUCAAAGAGAAGAAAGCAGCGGUGAAGGAGUUUGACGAUAAGAAGGUGGAGCUGAAGGAGAACCUCAUCGCAGAGUUGGAGGAGAAGAAGAAAAUGAUCGAGAACGAGAAGCUAACGAUGGAGCUGACGGGCGACUCCAUGGAGGUGAAACCCAUCAUGACCAGGAAGCUGAGGAGGCGACCCAACGAUCCCGUUCCCAUACCGGACAAGAGGAGGAAACCGGCUCCAGCUCAGCUGAACUAUUUGUUAACAGAAGAGCAGAUAAUGGAAGAUCUACGAACGCUGAAUAAGCUGAAAUCCCCCAAACGAGCAGUGUCCCCCUCCACUCCCGAGCACGUCCCCUCCGCUCCCCUGGAGAGCCCGUCCCAGCGUUACGAGGCCCGCAUCGAGGAGGGGAAACUCUACUACGACAAGAGAUGGUAUCACAAGAGCCAGGCCAUCUACUUGGAGUCCAAGGACAACACGAAGAUCAGCUGCGUCAUCAGCUCGGUGGGAACCAACGAGCAGAUCAGUUGCUGCAGAAACAGGUGUCCUCAGCAGUUACCAGUAGAGGGAGUGCAGCAUCGGGGAGCAAUUUCCUGAUUUCAAAACGUUUAAAGCCAGAAUUCCUUCCAGAUGUUUUUCUUUUCUCUGCUGAGCAGAUUUGGGUGAGGAAGACGAGCGACAGCACGAAGAUGAGGAUCUACCUCGGACAGCUGCAGAGAGGAACAUUCGUCAUCCGGCGACGGUCGGCGUCCUGAAGCUCCGCCCCCCCCCUCCUCCAAGUGUUCAAUCAUUUGUCUGCCGUUUCCCGCCGGAUGCACUCCCAAACUCAACGAUCUUUUCCAUGUUGACCUCCAGAGUCUUCAGUGACAAAGACUUAAAACGGGAUGGUUCAGCAGGAAGAACCACGUACCCGAACAGGUUUUAUAACGAAUCUGUUUUUCAGACAAUGUGUAUUAAGCCUUUUGUAUCCUAAAAUACUUUUUUUUUAAUUUUUUUGUCUGUUGAUGCUCAAACAUUUGGUUUUAUUUGGUCCUUAAGUGUCUUUUUAUUUGAUUAAAAUGUUUUAUUUGUA